AUGAAAAGAGGAUUACUGUCUAUUUAUGAUAUAUUUUUUUUAGUGAAAAACAUUUCAAAAUAUUUUCUUAUUUUUCUGAAUGGUUUGUAUAUAAUGAAACUGCUAUAUAAUUCUAAUAACAGUGUUAACUUUAUAAGCGGGAUAAUAUGUAUAAUAAUAGGUCUUACAUUAAAAAUAAUUCUACUAGCAAUAUAUUGUAUAUUUUUCAUGGACAUAUAUAUUUUUAAAGAAUGUAAAAGAAAAAACUUCCUGACUUUAUUUAACCUUAAUAAAAUAAAUAGGAAUAUAAAUGCAACCAUGGUAGAAUCGGAUGAUUUUGAGUAUAAAAAAUUGAUUAAGGAAUUCUUUUUUCAGAAUGCUUAUUACGCCUUAAAAAAAAAACAUAAAACAUUGGAAUUGUAUAUGCUAAAAAUAUAUAAUAGCAUAUUUAAUUAUUAUUUAUGUAAUAUAAGAGAUAUAUUAUAUGCUGUAAUAUGGUACAUUAGUUUAUACUAUUGGAGAAGAGAUAAAUAUGACAUUAUAUGGAGUUUUGAUAAAAUACCAGAAUAUAUAUAUGAAAUUUUAAUUAUUCUAUUAUCAUCAUCUUAUAUUGAUUUAAUUAUGAUUAUUCUUAGUUACAAUAAAUCUAAAUUUUAUGUAAUGAAAUCUAAAUUGUUAAUAGAUUUGUUUUUUAGUGCACCAAGUAUUUUUUUUUUUUCUAAUUAUAUUUUUGUUAUCGACAAUAAAAUUGAUGUAUAUUUCGUGAUGGGGUUUCUAAGAAAUAUAAAAAUAUUUUUAAAUGUAUCAUAUACAAGAGUAGAACAAAAUUCUCUCCUAACACAUACAGAAAUUAAAAUUAUCAGAAUUGUAUUAGGAGUGGUGUUACUAUGUAACGCAUUCGCCUCAACUAUUUAUACUAUUCAAGCUAUUCAUCCUUAUAACUUGAAACAUGGAAAUUUUAGUUACUUUCUUAAUAGCUAUUUAGACUAUUUCUAUUUCUCUAUAAUAUCUAUAUCAACAGUUGGAUAUGGAGAUAUUUUUCCUAUUAAUAAAUUAAGUAAAGUGGUAUGCAUUUUUUUUAUAUUUUGGACAUUUGUUUGGGUCCCAAUACAAUUUAAUGAUUUAAUAAUUUCCAUUUUUUCUAAAAAAAACACUUACGGAAAAAUUAGUAUGAGUAGGAAAAAAUUUAUUCUAUUAAUUGGUGAUGUUGAGCCGCACCAAUUAAAUAUUUUCCUUUACGAAUCCGUUGCAUAUGGAAACAAAUUGAAAUUUCAUAUUCUAACUACUUAUCCAAUAAGUUUCUAUAAUGAGCAAAUAAAAAUAGCCUCUCACUUUUGCAUAUCUCUGUAUAUUAAAAAUUUUGAUUUUAAUGAAAAACAAAUUACUAAUUUAUUAUAUAGUGUAAAUGCUCAAAAUGCUUAUUACUUAUUCUUAUUUUCUGAUAAAUUUAAUAGUGGACGUUAUAACAUAGAUACAAAAACUUUUACAAGAUUAUUAAUCUUGAAAAAUUUUCUACAUGGGAAAAAAAAUGCUGUUAUUGAGUUAAGAAAUAAAUGUGUUUCAAACAUUGUUCGAUCUAUUGGAUCUGAGAAUUUUAUUAUAGUUAACUUAAAACAAUCCUUAAUAGCUAAAAACAUUAAGCAUCCUGGGUUUAUAACAUUAAUUUUAAAUUUGUUUACAGCUUAUGAUUAUGAUGAAAAUUCUUAUAAUUUUGACAAUAUACAUUCAUUUACGUCCAUUAAAUAUGUACGCGAAUUUAAUAGAGGUUCUAGAGCGAAAAUAUUUUCCUUUUUCGUUCAUGAAAAUAUGGUUGGAUUAAAAUUCGACAAAUUGUUUCAUAAAUUAUACGACUCGCUUGGUAUUAUACUUAUAGGUAUUGAAACGGAUACUAUGAAUAACACCUAUAAACAUAGAAAUAAAAAUAUAUAUUUUUUUAAGGAUAAGAUAGCUAACAUAAUUAAAAAAAAUCAAAAAAAAAAAAAAAAAAAAUUUAAAUUUAUACAGUUGCACUUACUGAACAAGUAUGUUAAUCCACUUAAUUGUAUACAACACGCCAGAAAUAUAAAUCGGUACAAUUCCAGUAAGAAAGAAAAUGGGUAUGAUACAGGAAAAUUGUAUAAACAAAGGUGUAUAGAAAAAGAAACGAAUUUACUAAAAAUAUGUGAUAAGGAUGAAUAUGCCAACACAUGGAAGCAAUAUGAAUCCAAUAAUGAUGUGUGGGAUAGGGGAACCUAUGAAACAAUUCACUCUCAAAAUUGCCAGCAUACGGGAAAAAUUCAAAGGAAUAAUAUUCUUAUGAGAAAAAAAAAUAAAUUAACAAAGGAAGAACAUUCUGCUAAUAUAUGCAUAAACAUUAGCAAUAAUAUUGGGGAUAAUAAAAUGAAGCGAAAACACUCGAUUGAUAGUGAAAAAUAUCUUAAAGACUUAAAAAAUUUGGACUAUAACAGAGUUCAAACCAAAACAAAUAUAUGUAGAUAUGAUAAUAAUAUAAAUAAAAGUAACAAAAAGGUAGAAUGUUACCUAAAUUUGCUAGGAAAAAAUUAUUCCAUGAAGGAGAAUGAUAAAUGUAUAGUAAUUGCAAAUUCUAAAAAAGUUAUAAAAUAUUUAUCAAAAGCAAAAAGUCUAUUUUGGCUAUUUGAAAUUAAAAGUAAAAAAGAAGAUAAAAUUUCGUAUGAUUUAAAAUCUGUCAUAAAAACUGAACAAACCUUUAGCAAAGAUUUACCUACAAACCUAAAGAAAAAUACACGUACCGUGUCUUCUAUGAAGAGUAAAAGUUUGAUUACCAAGAAUGAAAAUGUAACAGCGAUAAACUAUCACGAUUUAUUUAACACUUACAGAAUUUCUAGAAUUUUCACUAGGAAAAGUUAUUAUUUUGAAAAAGGGUUUAAAAAAAUUAUAAGUGAAGAAGUGGAAAAUAGACACGAUUCAUUAAAUUUGAAGGAGCAUAUGAAUGCAAAAUGUAAUACAUACAAUUAUAAUGCUUAUAAAUGUAAUGACAAUAACACCUUGAACUGUUAUAAUAAUGCUGUAUCAAGUUGCUUCAACUAUUCUUAUUCUAGAUCUUGCAGUAAAGGUAACACAAACGGAUAUGUUAAUAUGGAAAAGCAGCUCUACGUAAAGGAUGAUUCAAUGAAUUAUAUGGAAAGAAGGAAAAAAUGUCCAAGUUUUUUAAAAUAUAAUAUUAUUGAUAAUAAACCAUUGAAUACAUAUUACUCAGAAUUAUUACAAAAGUGUGACAAUAAUUUUUAUUAUAAAAAAAAAUUAAAGAAGAAGAUAUUUUUAAAUAAUUACUUCAUGUUAAAUGACCCUUACAAUUUUAGGAAUAGAGAAGAAAUUUUAAAAAAAAAAAAAAUGAAUGUAAAAAAUUUUAAUUCUUCAUUAAAAAAAAGUGCAGUUGCCUGCUCAUAUGUGGAAGCUCGUGAAAAGUAUUUUGUCAAAAAUAAUAAGAGAAUUUUAUUAAUAAUAAAUUAUUCAUCACAUAUUAUUCAAGUAAUUAAAAGAAUAAAUAAAAAAUACAAAUUUAACAUUAUAAUAUUAACUCAUGAAAUACCGUCUAUUAAUAUAUGCGACUUGAACAAAUAUCAUACUGUUUUUAUAAAAUGUAAAUCUUUGGAUGACUAUAAUUUAUUAAAUGCUGGUUUGGUUCAGGCGGAUUAUAUAUUAAUUUUACCUACUGAAGUACGUAAUAUAGAUGAAAUAAAUGAAACAGAUAUGAAUAAUAUAAUAUUAACAAGAAAAAUUAAACACUUGCUGAAAAAAAGAAAAAAGACUUAUUACAUAAAUAAUAUAAUUACAGAAUUAAUUAACCAUUCUAAUGUUAUUUUUCUUGAGGAAAAUAAAAUGAUAAAAUUAAGGGAAAAAAAAUUUUCUUAUAGUGAUUUUUUUCCUUAUGUUAAUUCUUCCCUAUUUUAUUCUAGUAAUAUAAUUUGUGAAACUAUGUUGUAUAAUUUUAUGACUCAUCAUAAAAGUUUUACUAAAUUUUCAGUGUGUAAUAACACAUUGAAAUAUCUAAUAAAACACAUCAGUAUAAUACGUUUAUCUAAUAUAAUUAAGUAUUUUGAUUUUUCUUUUAAGAAGGUCAAAACAUUUCGUGAUAUUUUCUACUUCUUAUCCCAAAAAAAUAUUAUAACUAUUGCUUUAUAUAGAAAAGGAGAUAAACAUAUACCUUUUUACAUUUAUACAAAACCUAAUGAAAAAUGCGUCUUAAGAUUUGAUGAUAUAAUUUACAUUUUGUAG